CUCAUAGACAGACAUCGAAGUCGAACAAGGUUUUGGGGUUUUUCAGAAACAGAGAGCUUCUAGGUCGUGUUCGUGUUUGAUCAGAAGGUCGAAACUUGAAGGGCUUUUAGCUUCCUCUCUCUGCUAUAUCAUCAGCAAGCGUUUCCAGGUCGGUUCUCUCUCUGUCUCUCUCGUUUCCUUGGACUCAAUUAAUCGAGCAGAUGCCUCGGAGACCAUCAGGAGGAAGAAGGUUCAUAAAGCACCAACCUUUAUCAUUUUCACCGUUUAUGCGGUCACUCGCUCUAGCUUCAAGGCGUAAACUGCAUCAUCACCACCAACAAGAAGACUCUCAACGUUCUGAAGAGCUGAUGUCUUUUGAUCAAAAGCUCCCAACUUUGUCUAAAAAGGAGCAAAAAGAACAGCUUUCAGACUCCUCUGAUGAAGAAGACUCUCAGGGAGAUGUCCAAGCAGACUUUGAGUUCUUUGAUCCUAAGCCAACAGACUUCAACGGAGUCAAGAUCCUCCUCAAAAACUAUCUAGAUGACAAGGAGUGGGAUUUGAGCAGCUUUGUUGAUCUGGUACUGGAGCAGACAACAGUAGGAACCGUUGUGAAAGUAGCAGAUGAUGAGGACGAGUCCGUGUUCGCUGUUGUCUCUGCUCUUAACUUGGCGAGAUACAAGGAGCACAAGUGCUUUAGAGAGUUAAAAGAGUUUCUUCUUCAAGUCUGUUCGGAGAAGAGUGUAGCUAAAGAUCUUGAAGCAAUGUUGGAGAAGAAGGCACAGGGUGUUGGUGUCUUGGUGUCUCAGAGAGUGAUGAACCUUCCUCCGCAGCUUCUUCCUCCGCUGUACGAUGGGUUGUUUGAUGAAGUCUCGUGGGCUACGGAAGACGAGCCUACGGAGGAGCUUCGUGGCUCGUUCCGGUUCAAGUGGUAUCUGCUUGUCACCAAGAUUUACAAGCUGAAGAAUCCUAAGCAGAGGAAGCCUCGUCGUGGUGAAGAAGAGGAGGAGGAAACGGUCUUCCUUAAGCCAGAAGAUGAACUCUUUCUCCAGCUGAGUUCUUGGUCUUUCACAUACCCUAUGCGCUCACAGCUUGUGACUUCUCAUGAAAUGAAGAAUUAUCAGCUGAUGGGACUAGUGAUGGCUGUGGAAGCAAAAAGGAUUCCUGAGUUCAGACAGAUGUUGAAUUCUCUCAUUGAUUGAAUGAACAAUGAAUGAACUUUUUACUUUGGUCGUUUGUUUAUUGGUUACUGCCAGUUUUGAUAAGAUCGUUGCGGUGGUUUUCCAGCAUAGUUCUAAUGUUUUGUUGUUUUACACAUCAACCUUCUUCUACAUGUCACUGCGAAAUCUAGUUUCGUGUGUCUGAAUCAAAUGUCUUGUGAAACUCAUUAUUGUUUUAUACC